CUGGGGCGGGUGACCGCGUCUCGCUCUCGUUCCGGAGAGACUCCGCUGCGGCUCCUGGCCAUCUUGAGGAGAGGAGAUGAGAGGAGAGCGGCUCAGGGGGGUCGAGUAGAAGCGCUGCCGCCGACACACAGCCUGGCUUCGAAGGAGAAGAGAAGAGCGGGAAAGAGAGAGAGUGACCUUCCUGUUUUUUUUUCUGUCGAUUCGCGUGAAGCCGUGGAUUAAUACUGGCUUCGAUCAGUGUGGACACCAUGAGCUGGGGGACAGAGCUCUGGGAUCAGUUUGACAACCUGGAAAAGCACACUCAGUGGGGCAUCGAGUUUGUGGAGCGCUACACGAAAUUUGUCAAGGAGAGGUCUGAGAUCGAAAUCAGUUAUGCUAAGCAGAUCAGGAACCUCUCAAAGAAAUAUCAGCCCAAGAAAAACUCCAAGGAGGAUGAAGAGUACAAGUACACGUCAUGCCGGGCCUUCCUGUCAACCCUGAACGAGUUGAAUGACUAUGCUGGUCAGCAUGAAGUCAUCGCGGAAAACUUGACUUCGCAAAUCAUCUGCGAGCUCACACGUUUUGUCCAGGAGCUCAAAGCCGAGCGGAAGUCGCAUUUCCACGACGGACGCAAGGCACAGCAGCACAUCGAGAACUGCUGGAAGCAGCUGGAAUCGAGUAAACGGAGGUUCGAGAGGGACUGCAAGGAGGCCGAUAGGGCGCAGCAGUAUUUUGAGAAGAUGGACGCGGACAUCAACGUGACGAAAGCCGACGUGGAGAAGGCACGGCAGCAGGCACAAAUGAGGCAUCAGAUGGCAGAGGACAGCAAGAAUGAAUACUCAGCCUGCCUUCAGAAGUUCAACCAGGAGCAGAAUGAACAUUAUUACACCCUUAUACCACAUAUCUUCCAGAGGAUUCAGGACAUGGAAGAGAGGCGGAUUCAGAAAGUUGGGGAAUCCAUGAAGACCUUCGCAGAGGUUGACCGCCAAGUGCUGCCCAUUGUGGGCAAGUGUCUGGAUGGCAUGACUAAGGCAGCAGAAUCUAUUGAGCCCAAAAGUGAUUCAAAUCAGGUGAUAGAGUCGUACAAGUCUGGGUUCGAGCCACCAGGAGACGUGGAGUUUGAAGACUACAGUCAGCCAAUGAAAAGGACGGCAUCAGACACCAGCUUGUCCAACUCCCGUAAUGAAGGAAAGCCAGAUAAGCCCAUCAGCAAAAGCAAGGGCAAACUGUGGCCUUUCAUCAAGAAGAAUAAGCUUAUGUCCCUGUUAACGUCCCCCCACCAGCCCCCACCUCCCCCUCCUGCCUCCCCCUCCCCUUCUGCUAUCCCCAAUGGCCCCCAGUCUCCCAAGCAGCACAAGGAGCCCCUCUCACACCGCCUCAACGAGUUCAUGACCUCCAAACCCAAAAUGCACUGCUUCCGGAGUCUGAAGCGUGGGCAGUCCAGCUGCUCUCACACUUAUCACAAAGAGCUCAUGAAGAGGACGCUAGGCAAGCCGACGUACGCCUUCGAGGCCAGGCGCUAUGUCCUUUCCCUCAAGCUGGGGUCUGGACCAGAAGAUUUCAGCCACUUGCCUCCCGAGCAGAGGAGAAAAAAACUGCAGGCCAAGAUUGACGAAAUCAACAAGGAUAUCCAAAAAGAGAUGGACCAGAGGGAGGCACUUACUAAAAUGAAAGACGUGUACUUGAAGAACCCCCAAAUGGGAGACCCCAGUAGUGUGGAUCCACGGCUAGCGGAGAUCAGCCAGAACAUUGAGAAGCUAAGGCUCGAGCUCCAGAAAUUUGAUGGCUGGCUAGCAGAGGUAGAGGGGAGAAUGCCAGUGAGGAGUGAUUCAUCCAAACGACAGAGCGGGAUGUUUGAGGCCCAGAACAAUGCCCCCGUCAACAACAAUUGUGCGCAGGACCGUGAGAGCAGCCCAGAUGGCAGUUACACAGAAGAGCGAAGCUCAGAAGCCCAGGUUAAAGAGUUCGAUGACGAGUUCGACGACGAGGAGCCGCUGCCCACCAUUGGAACCUGCAAAGUGCUGUACCCCUUCGAAGGCCAAAAUGAAGGCACUAUAUCGGUGGCAGAGGGCGAAGUGCUGCACGUGAUCGAGGAGGACAAGGGCGACGGCUGGACACGUGUGCGCCGGAACGACGACGAGGAGGGAUACGUGCCUACAUCCUAUGUGGAGGUCUUUCUAGAAAACACCAAAGAUUCCUAAAAGUGUGGGACUGGCACAGGAAUGACAGGGCAAGUUGCCUGGGACAAAACCACCCUCUACUUUAAGUGCUUAAAAAUCUGCGAAAGAGCAGAAACAAGCUAGGGGACAAACUAGGAAAAACGCUUCAAUUUCUGUUCCGUUCAGUAAUCCAUUUAGUCCUCCUUCUCCAGAACAGCUGAUCGAAGCAAAAACAAUUCAGCAACCAUUGCGUGAUUUUUCUAAUUUUUUUAUAUCUUAUUUUGCUGCUGAUAUUUCCGCAAAGCUUGCUUUUUGGUGUACUAACCUGGCUUUGCGCUCUCGUGCGUGGCAGCGGAUGGCUCUUGUUCCACACCCACAGCAUGCAGCCUGCCGCGGUCAGAGACGGGAGCUACCGCGAGUCCCGGAUCCAGGGACUUCAGGUCCCCUCAAGCCCUGGAGCCAGAGCCCGGAGCUCCGACCGGACCUGGAUCUAGAGCUGGGAGGUCCUACAGACCUCGGAUCAGUCAGACCACACAUUCCUCUCCCUGUCCCUGUAGCCAUAUCUGUAAAGUACAUGCAUCCCAACGCUGACAAUCAGUGCAAAGCGCUUAAAUUCCAUGUAGAACCUGAGCAUUUCGGGGGUUGUUCAUCAUCUUAUAUUGCCUCUGCAAUAUCCACACAAUUAGUGGUAAAUAGUGUCGCUAAGGACAGUUUACCAGUUUCUGUUUUACUGGAGUAGCUAGCCACACAACCAUAACCGUAGACCCGAAUGGCACUUUGUACUACUUUGUACUACGGAAACAGGUGAGAAUACAUUUUGUAACGUUAACUUCCCCACCGUGCACAGGUAAGAGAUCCUCUCUCUGACCUCGGCAUUGCAUAGGCUGUUGCCAUGGCGAGCCCUGUCACAGUUCACCUCUCUGGCUGCAUCCCUGUCUCUGGCCACGCCCUCUUUUCGCAAGCCACACCCCUUGUCUCUGGCCACGCCCUCUUAUCACAAGCCACACCCCUUGUCAGUAGCGACAGCUCCAGGCAGCCACUGCCGGGUCCUCAGUUGGCCUUGUGUCUCUCAGCAUGCUUGCUUGCCCUGUCUCCUUGCCUCUGCCAAUCCCAGAGGUCUGACCUUAAUGCUUCUUACUUCAAUUAACCCACUGCCUGUACAGUUUUUAAACCUAUUUUCUACCUUUAAUUUUGUGCCUGUGUUUUUUUUUUUUUAUAUAUAUUAAUCAUUAUUUGGAGUUUUUAACACUGUCUCUUCUGCAUGACCACCUGUUCCCUUAAAAUUUGUCUUCUGAUCUCUGUUGUUUCACCACCGGAUGAAGCUUUUUUCCUUUUUUUUUUUUUUUUAAAUUGGAACCAUACUGUCAUGUGUCUUUCAUCAUCAUAUAUAAAUAUAUAUUGUACAUAUAAAGAUGGGGAACUCACUGACAAGAAACACAAAGUGUUACAACCAGACCUAGGAGGUGCUGGCAUAGUUUUCUCAUUGCCGCCGUCCAGAAGUCUCCUGUACCUUUUCCCUCAAGAGCUGUAUGUGAUUACAGAAAUGCCAAAUUGGGGUAUUUUAUGACUAACUGAUUAGAGAAAAUUCUGUGAUCUGUGAUUUCCAAGAGUACUGAUUGGACUUGUGUGUUGUUUGAUUUCUUUUGUUUGUAGGAAAUUGGUGCUUGUUUCUUUGUGUAGUCAGACAGUACAUUACUGUUGGUCCACAAUGGCAGAGCAUCAGUGUUUAAAC